AAAAGCCCAAGCGGGGACCGCGGCGCAGGUUGUUAUUUUCGGGGCUCGGCAUCGCGCGUCCUGCUUUCCUGUCACCGCAAGACCAGGCCGCCCGUCGCUUCUCGCCGCCGCUACCUGCAUUCGGGAUUACAGAGAGCGGAGGGCGGCGUGGCCGGGCCGGGUCCAGCCUUCCUGCCCGGACGGGCCCGCCGCGCCGCUCCGCUCCUCCGAGUGCGCCUGCCAUGAGCCGGCGGGCCUGAGCCGGCGUCGCGGAGCAGCGCGGGCGGGCGAGCGAGGGCCGGACCGGGUCGAGAGCGCGGCGCGGCCGGCGAUGAUCCGCGGCGGGGAGGCGCCGAUGGCAGAGCACCCGCCGCCGCCGCCGCCCGUCGUCUUCUGCCACGAGUCCCCGAAGCGGGUGCUGGUGUCGGUCAUCCGGACGACCCCCAUCAAGCCCGUGUGCGGCGGCGGGGGCGAGCCGGAGCCGCCGCCGCCGCUCGUGCCCACCAGCCCCGGCUUCAGCGACUUCAUGGUGUACCCGUGGCGCUGGGGCGAGAACGCACACAACGUGACGCUCAGCCCGGGGGCUGCGGGAGCCGCCUCGGCCGCUCCGCCUGCCGCCGCCGAGCGCCCGGGGCCUCGGGGCCGGGGCGCGCCCCCGCCCGCCGCCUCCGCCGCCGCCUCGGGGGGCGAGGACGAGGAGGAGGCGAGCAGCCCGGACGGCGGCCCCCUCAAGGAUGGAAUCCGACGUGGUAGACCCAGAGCAGAUACUGUCCGGGAUUUAAUAAAUGAAGGAGAACAUUCCUCGAGCAGGAUCCGAUGUAACAUCUGUAACAGGGUGUUUCCAAGGGAGAAGUCGCUCCAGGCUCACAAAAGAACUCACACAGGUGAGAGGCCCUAUCUGUGUGACUACCCAGACUGUGGGAAAGCCUUUGUUCAAAGUGGACAGCUCAAAACACAUCAGCGUCUUCAUACUGGAGAGAAGCCUUUUGUUUGUUCGGAAAAUGGCUGCCUGAGCAGAUUCACUCAUGCAAACCGCCACUGUCCAAAGCACCCUUAUGCCAGACUGAAGCGAGAGGAGCCUACGGACACACUGAGCAAGCACCAGGCUGCAGACAACAAGGCUGCUGCCGAGUGGCUGGCAAAGUACUGGGAGACGAGAGAGCAGCGCGCCCCYGCCCUGAAGGGCAAGCUGGCUCAGAAGGCUGACCAGGAGCAGCAGGACCCUCUGGAGUUCCUCCAGUCUGAUGAGGAGGACGAUGAGAAGAGUGGCGCCCAGCGCCGGCUGCAGGARCAGCGGGAGCGCCUGCACGGGGCCCUGGCCCUCAUCGAGCUGGCCAACCUGACGGGGGCACCGCUCCGCCAGUAGCCUGCACAGACUCUCCACUGUACAGAAGUACUGCCCAUGUACUUACAAAGUAGAUCCUUGGGCAUAAGCUAAGCACCUUAUUUGCUUAUCAUAGGCUGCUAUUCUGUAGAAAUUCAUGAAGAAUGUCAUUGCCCCAGAGUAUGGGGUGAGAGAGAAUUGCACUUUUUUUAUAUGGAAAUGGAUUGGAUGUAAAGUUUAAAAUAUUUUGUAAAUAUGGACUGCACAGUACAGGGUAGAAAACUACAUAUUGUGGGAAGCUAGAUUUUGCAAGUUUAAUGCAUUCAUUGGAAGCAGUUCUCACGGGAAGCACUUUCUGAAUAAGACACUUGUGAAAAAAACAGAAUGGUACAAAUAGCCAAAGAAGGUUGAAAGAGACUAUUUAUAAGAUCAUUUUUAACAAUGUAUAUUAAUAUGUUUUACAAUACUGUAAACACUGAAGCAAGAAAGUAUGAAAUAUGUAAGAUAUAUAUUUUAAAUUACAAAAUAGCGUGUCCAAUAAGGCUUGAGAAAUGGGAAGCUGACUAUUUGGGAUGAUGUUCUAAGUUAUGGACUUGGAAGAAAACAGAUAUUUGAGGAUCUUGGUAAGAUGCACAGUAGUUCAUAAUUUUCAAAAUUGGAGUAAAAUCAGUCUUAUUCUUAUCUUUCUGGGGCUUUCUAACUCACUAUAAUGUUUAAGUUUGAGAAGCACUUGUCAUUCCUAGCAUGUUAACUGGGGAACUUUUGCACAUUUCACAUUUGCUGAAAUUGAGUGAUUAAUCUUGCAAAGUCUAGGUAACAUGGUAAUUGGUAAUUUUUUUUUUAUAUACAAUGGGCCCUGUAAUGAGAUUUGGCACUUGGAUUUUUAUUAAUAAAAGGGACAUCUACAGGGUUGUUUUGUAGUGAAAUGUUUUAGAUCUUUUGUUAGCAAACACUAAAUUUUAGUUGUACUGCUUUUUAGGAUUAUUAGCAAGUGGAAGCCUCCGUAUUUAUAUUUUCAGUGCAUAAAGCCACCUUCUUGCUUUACUUCAGAAUAACAUGCCAAGCUAUUUUGUGUUCACUAAAUUUAGCUAUGAGUUAAACACUGCAGAAAAUAUUAGCUACUCAAAUAUGUAGGCUUCUGGACUAGUUUUAAACUGCAAGUGUGUUAACUUGUGUGGUGGUUUUUUUCCAAAUAGAUGAAGUUAUUAAACACCACUUUAUGUACUGAAGCAUGAACAGGAAAAUCAAGAGCUGAGCAGUCCACCUCCUUUACAUAGGCAAAAACCUCCAUCGUUUUAGCUUUUGUUUUGGGCUGAACUAAAUGACAUGCAUAGCAUGGUAAUUUACAGAUUGCUUAAUUGGAGUGAACCUCAAGAGUAGUAGAGGGAAAGAUGGGCUCUUCAGCACCUUUUUUUUCUUGAGUUGAAGUGCAGUUCACACCUUAUCCAGAAGGUAGGCUUCUUUAUCCAAACAUCCYAGUGUGUGGCAGUGCCCAGGUCACAGCCUUGGGAAGGGGAGGUCUGUAAAUGUCUUGAGGAGGAGCGAAGUGUGAAAGAAAAAUGAUAGUUACCAAUAAUGUGUAUGAUGAGGACAUACUUUAAAAAUGUAAUUCCUCUGUACAGUAAAUUACAAAUCUUUAGGGAGUUUUUUUUUGUAAUAAGAGAAUUUAUAUUUGUAAUGGUCUAAGAAUUUUGUUUGUAAUCUGGUAUAUAGAAUUUUAACUUGGAGCACUUACAAGCAUGGUCAGAGACCAUAGCAUCUGAAUUUUCUUGGUUUAGGUUUCAACAUUUACUCUAGAAUUUUUCCUUUCAAAUAUGAUUUAUAUGAACUGUAAAGCAACACUCAUUAGUCUUGAAAUUUAAAAUCUGAUAAACUUAUCUGAGAAGGAAAGGCAGUACAAAUUUUAAAAAUACAAAUACUUGCCAACUCACAGAUAAUAAGAUUUAAGGGCUUCAAAAAAAGUAGGGGUUUUUAUUUGUUUGUUUCUCCAGUCAGCUUUUGUCAACCACAGUAGUUAUAUUCACAAACAUUUUUUAUUUGUAUAAUUGGAAUUGUUUAAGAAAUUAUUACAGCUCUAGAAACAGUUCAGAGAUUUUUUUUUGAUAUAAGCUAUAUCCUUGGAAAUACAUUGGCAUCUAAAAUUUGAGGUGUGUUUAGACUGCUUUUUGUUUUAAAAAUGUGGUUUACAUUCAAACUUUUGAAGUGUUUUAUGCUUCACGUGGCUAAGUUGUAGUUUGGCAGAUUUAACAGCAUAUGAAUACACAUGCUGUAAUUUUAAAAGAUGCUUUGAAUAAAAUUUUAUUUUAAUUUAAA